AUGCAGACCAUCCCGCUGUACCUCGCGUCCGCACCGCGACCCUCGACAUCGAGCGACAACCACUCGGAGACGUCUUUCCCUGAACCGCCCUCUCGCCUGUCCGUCAAGCAUCCGACGCCCCGAGCUAGCUCGAAGCGACACUCGUUUAGACCGCCUAUACCGCCGAAGCCGGCGAGUGUGCGGAGGAGUAGCGAGGAGGAAGCCGGGUCCGAUCCGGCGAGCGAGGCGGGACCGCAGGAGAGGAAGGACAGUAUCGCGAAAUGGAUGACGGCGAUGACGGAGAGGGAGGACGGGCAGCGGGCGGGAACGCCGGGCUCGAAUCGCUCGAGGGAACCGCCGUCGAUUCCUCCUCGACCAGUCCUCGUGUCUUCGCCUGCUCCGCCUCAACCUUCAAGCGCAGGGGCAGCUUCGACGAGCAUUUACGAUGCCGCAACGCCCUCUUCCGGUCCACCGUCGCUUUCGCCGUUCUCCGCCAUGUCCUCCAGCCAAUUCCCCUCUCCUUCCUCGCCUGAGCCGGCAAUGUUCACUGUCUCCCGCCCAACUCCCUCGAAUUCUCCCGAACGAUCACGCCACCGUCCUCCCCAGCACCCCUCCAUCUCUUCCGCCGCGUCCAUUACCUCCUCCACCUCGUCGAUGAGCCUCAACCCCUCGAGCGCAUUGAGCGCGAUCGGACGAGGCUUCCAGCAGGCCAAGCUGAAGGACCGCUUCGGCGCGGGAGUCGGCUUCGCACGCGAGUGGGGCGGCAAGGGCAAGGGCAAACUGCAAGAGUCGUGGCGCGGGUUCGGCGGACCCAGAUCGCCUGGCGAGUCUUGCUCGCCCUCAACUUCACCGCCUAUCUCAGCUUCGUCUUCACCCGUCCCCUCGUUUGGCUCGCUCUCAUCGUCCGUAUCGACUCCACACCUCGAACACCUCUCCGCUCCUUCGCCCCUCUAUCCCUCCCCAAGUCCACCCCCAGGCGGCACCUCGAUCAAACUCCCUACCACUCUCUUCGGUAUCCGCGUCCCGAACGCUCGCGGACUUGCGUUCGGACGCCCGCUCGCUCCACUCGUCGAAUUCACCCGUUCUCCACCUUCACUUUCCUCACUCCCUCGAACUCGCUCAGCAGACGACGAAGUAACCGGCCUCGACGCACGGUACUGGCUCCCUGGCCUCGCAUACCGAUGCCUCGAAUACCUCGAAGAAUGGGGAAAGAAGGAAGAAGGCGUGUAUCGGAUUCCUGGGAGGAGUCUGCAUACGCAGCAGCUUAGGGCGGUGUUUGAUGCGGGUGUGGGACAGGAAGUGGAUCUGAGGGAGAUACAUCCUGGCGAUUUGGAUCCGCAUGCGGUGGCGAGCGUGUUAAAGAGUUGGUUGAGGGAGAUUCCCGAACCACUCCUCUCGCACGACCUCGAGCCCGUCGUUGACGCGUUGACGACUUCCGCACUCGGUUACCCCGCUUCGUCUACGAACUUCCUCUCGAACGCCGCCUCCGCCUCAUCGACCACUCCUUCCACCCUCCCAUCCACCAACGGCGUCGUGAGCGGUACAUCCGCCGCAACUGCUGCCUUCUCAGCCGACACCCGCGCGCCCCACUCUUACCUCGAACACCUCAGCACGCUCUUCUCUACCUCCCUCCCGGCGGAGAACUACCACCUCCUUCGAGCGAUCGCGUACCACCUCGCGCACCUCUCGGCUCACUCGGAAACGAACAAGAUGACGCUUACGAAUCUGAGGCUGAUCUUGAGCCCGACGCUCAGGCUUAGUCCCGGGUUCUUGCAGGUGUUGGUUGUCGAGAGGGAGAUCUUGUUCAGCAAGGCGAACGAGUCCGCCCGCUCGCGACAAGCCUCCGCAUCCGGCCAUCACUCGCCAACUCUCAGCUCAUCCGCCUCGUUCCGCACGCGUUCACCCAGUCCGCAGUACCCCGUUCGGCGCUCACCUACUCCCGGCACUUCCUCGCCACUGCUCGAGCCGCCCUCUCCCUCGUUCCCCGCCGCACCAUCGAGCGACGGCCACCUAUCGCCGAUUGUCACGCCCACAUUCGCAGCCUUUGAUUUCCCCCCUCCCUCACCUUCACAAAUCCCGCUCUCAUCGCCUACUCAGCCAGCUACGACGCCCAAUUCGACUGCCACGCCCAUCGCAGCCAAAUUCGCCGGCACCUCUCCCCCACUCCGCACGACCAAAUCCGCUUCAAACCUCCUCUCUCCCUCGGCACCGACGGCGCAGAAACCUGCGUUCGUACCUUCGCGCGAUCGAGCGAACGGAGCUGGUGGAGGAGGGUUCUUCGCUUCACGCGAUGCGGUUGUGCCGCCUCGGGAAGGCUCUGCUACGUCCCUCGGUCUCGGGAUUGUGGCGACGAAGACGGAUGAAGAGGAGUCGAGGGAGAAGAAGCAAGAUGGAAGGUUGAGUCUCGGCGAGGAGUUUCGGCAAGCGAUCGAUUCGUUGGGCAAGCCGCUCACGCCUGAGACGGAGAAGAAGGUUGGAGAGGAGUUUGAGGCGAGAUUGGGCGGGGAGAAGGAGCCGGUGGAACGGUUGGUCGACCAGCGAGAGAUGAGGUCAAGGCCGGCGCGCCCUUCGCACCGCACGCAGCGUAGCGUCAGCUCGAUCCGGUCUUUCGCUUCGUCCCUCGCCUCGUCUAUCACCUCGAGCUCGCUCUCAACCCUCGCAAACAACGCGUCCGAGACGGACCUCAAGUCGGCGCAGGUCCAGCAGGCGUCGAGGAGGAAAGGUCCGCCUCCUGCGCUCGGCACGAAGCAGCGCCCGACGACGAUGGACCUGACGCUUCCUAUGCCGAGCGGGAUCGGGAUCGGGCUUGGUUUGGCGUCGCCGAGGGAGGGAAAGGAGCGGGACGAGGAGCAGAAGUGGACGUUGUCGAGCUUCGACGAGAAGAAGAAGCUGUUUGGCGGGUAA